AUGGCCCCAUUCAAAGCGUUAUAUGGUACGCAUUGUCGCUCUCCAGUUGGUUGGUUUGAGUCUACAGAAUCUAGGCCGCGUGGUACAGAUUUUCUUCAGGAGGCCUUGGAUCAGGUGAGUAUCAUUCAGGAUAGGCUCAGGACGGUUCCGAGUAGGCACCAGAGUUAUGCGGAUCAGAGGCGCCGACCUUUGAGAUUCUCUGUUGGUGAUCGGGUAUUCCUCCGUAUGGCACCCAUGAAGGGCGUUAUGUGGUUUGGGAGGCGGGGCAAGCCUAGUCCCAGGUACAAUGGGCCUUUUGAGAUACUCCGGACAGUUGGGGAGGUUGCUUAUGAGUUGGCUCUACCUCCAGCAUAUUCAGCCAUCCACCCGAUUUUCCAUGUCUCGAUGUUGCGGCGAUAUGUUCCUGAUGAGUCCCAUGUGCUCCAGUAUGAUGCAGUCGAGUUGGAUGAUCGUUUGAUAUUUGUAGAGGAGCCAGUUGCCAUUCUAGCCAGUGGUGUGAAGAUAUUGCACUAA